CGUCGGUUUAAGCUGCACGUUUAGCCACUCGGUCGCGGUGCUGGUUCUGUGGAGCUGAUCUAUAAUUCACCUAAAGAGAGAGAGAGAGAGAGAGAGAGACAUGGCGUGGUGGAGGUCUUGCUGCUUGGGCGUUGCCGUGCUGUUUGUCCUGGGCUUUAACAGAGGCUGUCCGCUUCCCGUCCAAGCUAAAGAAUCGUGGGGUUAUGUGGACGUCCGAGAGGGGGCGCACAUGUUCUGGUGGCUGUACACUGCAAACAACUCCAGCUUCGAAAAUCUGCCGCUGAUCAUGUGGCUUCAGGGGGGUCCUGGAGGAUCCAGCUGCGGUUUUGGAAACUUUGAAGAAAUCGGUCCUCUUGACACUGACCUUAAACCACGAGAAACCUCCUGGGUUAGGGCAGCGAGUGUUCUGUUUGUGGACAACCCGGUGGGCACUGGCUACAGCUACACUGACUCCCCGGAUGCCCUCACCAAGGACGUUGCCAUGGUGGCAGCCGACAUGAUGGUCCUCCUCCGGCAGUUCUUUUCAGAAAAGUCUGAGUUUCAGGGCAUUCCUUUCUACAUAUUUUCGGAGUCUUACGGAGGGAAAAUGGCUGCUGCCAUUUCAGCGGAGCUCAUCAAGGCUAUUCAGAAAGGUUCCAUCAAGUGUAACUUUGCCGGUGUAGCACUGGGGGAUUCCUGGAUCUCUCCUUUAGACUCUGUGCUGACCUGGGGACCUUAUCUCUACAGUACUUCCCUGCUGGAUGACUAUGGACUGAAGGAGGUAAUGCAGGCAGCAAAAACCGUGCAGCAGUUGGUGGAGAAGGGCCAGUAUGAGAAUGCCACCAAGUGGUGGGCCAACACAGAGAGUGUAGUGGAGCAGAACACUAAUGGUGUGAAUUUCUACAACAUCCUCACCCAAGACGACAGCGAUCUGGUAAAGUCCACUGUAGGAGAGCAUGGCUAUCUGUCUUCCCUAAAACGUCACAUUCGUCCCUUGCAUCGCCACUCACUUGCGCAACUGAUGAACGGGCCAAUCAGGAAGAAGCUUGGUAUCAUUCCAAAAAGUGUUACUUGGGGAGGCCAGGCUGAGGCUGUAUUUGUCAACAUGGCUGGAGACUUUAUGAAGCCUGUGAUAGACAUCGUAGAUCAGCUUUUGGCUGCAGGAGUCAAUGUGACGAUUUACAAUGGGCAGCUGGACCUGAUUGUGGACACUAUGGGUCAGGAGAUGUGGGUUAAGAAGCUGAAAUGGGAUGGACUCCAGGCAUUCAACCAGAUGAAGUGGACCGCGCUAGAAGACCCAGCUGCAGCCAAACAAACUGGAGCCUUUUUCAAGAUCUACAAAAACUUUGCCUUCUACUGGAUCCUCAAGGCUGGCCACAUGAUCCCUUCUGAUCAGGCGCAGAUGGCCCUGAGGAUGAUGAAGAUGGUGACUCUGCAGGCGUGAUGGAGUCUAAGCCAUUUUGGACAAUCAACACGCAUCAAAAUAUGAUUUUACUUGUGCACCUCUGAUUCUCACAGCUAAACCAAAUGGAAUUUUUUAUUUGUGCUGGUCUUCACAAUAAAUCCUUUUUUAAAAAUUG